AUGGGUCAAGAUGUUGGGUUCAGGGUACGAUAUGUUAUGGCUGAUCAGUCCAAUAUAAGUUUGGAAGGCUCUACCCACAGUUUCUUCUGGAGCUUCCCAAACACACAGCCAACUGGCAAUUUGUACCCCAACCUCUUCAUCUAUGUGAACAUCCCUGUAAAGUAUACUGCCAAGGUCAAUGAACUAUAUCUCCCACUUUUAAGACUGUGUUCCCCCUACCACCCUACCCGCCAAAUCCCGAGCCUUUCCCAGAAGCGUAGACCAUACCGUGCUUGCAGUGCAGGGGUGCGGCCGAGCGGGCGUUCAAGCUCGGGCGGGGUCACAGCCACCCGCCCCGCUGAGCACCAGGUGGACUUGUUUGCAGGGGAUCACCGAGAAGGGGGGAGGGGCGGACAGAAGCGACCCCUCCCCCUCCUCCAGGUCUUAAGCGGGGUCUGCCCCGCGGGGUGCCCUGUGCUCCCCUCCCCCAGCCCUAAAUUGGCAGGACCCUCUCCCCCUAGGGGGAGGGGGCUGGGGGCGGCAGGGACGCUGCGGCUCCGUUACCUGGUGCUGGUGGCGGCUUCCCUCACACGCCCCCCCGGGUCCGGAGGCAGCGGCGGCGGCAGCUGCUCUCGCUGCUUUCACGUCAGGCCCGCGGGGGCCCUCUCUCCACACACCGGCCGCCUCGGCCCCCCGCGCUCCGCCCGCAUCCGAGCCCGAGGUUCUGGCGCGGCUGCUCAGGCUGCUCCGCCUUUCCGCGGCGGCCCCCGGGGCCCUCCCCGCAGCCCCUUCCGCGCCCCACCCUUCCGACCCUCCGAUGUAAGCCCUGGGCUCUUUUCACACUCCCCCCGAAUCUCCCAGCCCUGGCGGUCAGGCCGAAGCCCCGAAAGUCCCGUCAGAGAGCCGCGGCCACAGCCGAGGUUCUCUGCCCUCUCAGUGCGCCUGAGCCGCCCUGACACCCAGUCCAAAAUGGCGCCCGCCGUCAACGGCCGCGCGCCUCAACCUCACCUCCCCCCACUCCCAGCGCUGGCAAGUAGGCGGGCGCGCGCACGAGGAGCCCAGGAACCCCCGAGCCGCAGGCUGUUGGAAGAAAUUGGCGGCCCCGCCCCCAGGCUCUGA